CAAAACAAUCUCAGCAAAUUUAAGUUUGAAGCGCCCUCACUUGCUUUUUCUUUGACUCCACAUGCAGGUCGGGUUCCAGUCCAAGUGCCAUCGGGGGACUCGGCCACCAAGAUCCUCCACCUGCUGGGCAAAGAGAAGAGUUCCACAUGAAUGUGCAGAAGGUCUCGUGCCACCAGUCCACUCAGAAGGCCUGAGUCGUUUGAAAUGAAGACUGUUCUUGUUCUAGUACUUGUUCCAGUCUACCUGAGAUGACUUUCCAGCGCUGUCCUUUCUUGAUGUGUUUUGGCUGCAGUCACGACAGCCUCUUGUUUGAAGUCAUUGGGAGCUGAGGAACAAGAUGUUGCACUCUGAGAUCCGCUGCAGCCAGGACCCUCAAGUUCUUUACCUUCUUGGUCCUGGACACUUGCAUGUUCUUCAUGUGCACGUCCACCAGGUGGUGCUGAAAGAUCCCUGGAGAACAUGAUCUCCUGAAGUCAAUUUCAAUCAAGGUGGUGGAAACCUGGAGUGAUGGUCAACUUUCUGUCCAACAUGUUGAGAGGUGACGUCAGCUUCCAGUCCAAGUGCCAUCGGGGACUCGGCCAGCAAGCUCCUCCACCUGCUGGGCGAAGAGACAAGUUCUACAUGAACGUGCGGAAGGUCUCCUGGCGAAGUCUGUACCACCGUGGAGUCUUCAGAAGACAUUUGAUACGAAGACGGUUUCUCUCGUCACGGUCAAACAGCUUCUGCCGAAGGUUGCGGUCGACUGUAAACCACAAAAAAUGCAAAUGGGGUCUGUGUCCACUUCCAUGUUCCUCGUCAUUCCGGGGCCAGCUUUCCUACAAGGUGACACGCUGCAUUCACGAUACGGAGCAGAGCUGCACACCAAAAAUGUUUUUCUUGUUGCUUCCUUUCAUCCACAAGGUGCUGAAGUCAAAUUUUGGAGAAGCGGGAGACCUUGACCCCUGGAAGGUACGUGCUUUGAAAUGUCUUCAUUCCACAAUUAGGUGUUCUUUGAUCCAGUUUUUUGUUUUUCCACAUUUCUUCCAGAGUUGCAGAGGAACACUUGUCAGCUUCCCGGUCACGCAGCCGUGCGAGUGCUCUAAGGCCCAGAAAACAAGUCGCCCGUCUUCCUCGCUGGUCCGCACACCGGUCCUCGCUCUCGUCACACUGGCCGACCACUUCACCAGGCAGCGAUGAGACGAUUGCUGAUGUCAUCAGACUUCGACUUGGUUUCCUUUGUGAUUUCAUGUCUGUUGCUUAACAUCUACUCUGCAAAAAAAUAAAAGCUGAUUACAACAC